GGGCGCUGCCAGGAAAAGGCAAAUUCUUAAAGUUAAUGGUUUUAAGUGAUUUUUGAAAUCCUUGCUGGCAAAGAGGCCCGCCUCUCCCCAGUAUCAGCGCUUCCUCAUUCUUUGAAUCCACGACUCCGCGGUAUUCGGCGUCAGACCAGCCGAAGAAAGCCUGUUUGCAAUUUAACCGCGCUGUGAACGCCCAGGGUCGGCGCAGGCGGGGCCUCGGCGGGCUGUUUUGCAUAAAGGGGCGUGUCUUCCAGCCGGGCUCUAUAAGUACCGGCCUCGGCGAGCGUGCACACAUAGCAAGCUGCUGUAGGAAUUUCUUUAGCUCUCUCGACCUUGGCACUUCCAACCUCAUCCCUCAACAUGAAGGCGUUAAGCCCGGUGCGCGGCUGCUACGAGGCGGUGUGCUGCCUGUCGGAACGCAGCCUAGCCAUCGCGCGGGGCCGCGGCAAGGGCCCGGCAGCCGAGGAGCCGCUGAGUCUGCUGGACGACAUGAACCACUGCUACUCGCGCCUGCGGGAACUGGUACCCGGAGUCCCGCGAGGCACUCAGCUUAGCCAGGUGGAAAUCCUGCAGCGUGUCAUCGACUACAUCCUCGACCUGCAGGUGGUCCUGGCCGAGCCCGCCCCUGGACCCCCGGACGGCCCGCAUCUUUCCAUCCAGACAGCGGACCUCUCUCCGGAACUUGUGAUCUCCAACGACAAGAGGAGCUUAUGCCACUGACCUGGCCUUCCCGGCGCCUCCAGAACGCAGGUGCUGGCGCCCGUUCCGCCUGGGACCCCAGGACUCUGUGGCCGGAAGCCCGAGGGCAUGGAUGGACCCCAGCCUCUCCCUGCCCACUUCACUUCCCAAACCCCUGCCUCGAGGCUGGACCUGGUGCCCGGGAGCGAAGGACUGUGAACUUAGGUGGCCUGAAGAGCCAGAGCAAGCUCUGGGCACCGACUGGGCAACGUCACCCAGCCCCACCCCACCCCCAAGUUCUAAAGACUGUCAAAGAGUGUGGAGGGGUGUGUGGUGGGGGGGACAGUGGCUGCUCCAAACUCUGCCAAGGCCAGCAGUAGAGCUGGCCUUCUGGUCUCGGAAAAAGGCUGUUGCCCCGAUUAUGAACUCUAUAAUAGAGUAUAUAGCUUUUGUACCUUUUUUGCAGGAAGGUGACUUUCUGUAACCAUGCGAUGUAUGUUAUUAAACUUUUUAUAAAAGUUAACAUUUUGCAUAAUAAACGGUUUUUAAACA